AUGCAAAUUCAUAUCCAAUUACGUAUAUUUGUGGUUAUAAAUAUCAAUAAAAUUACAAGACAUGCCAUUAAAAUAUAAAUUUGGAGCCGACUAAUAUGAUCUUUUUGUUUGGAAAAUAGGAAAAUGGAUUUGAAGAAAUAAGGAAGAGCCACGUCCGAUAGAUUGGGCCAAAAUAGUAGAAGCCCAAAUUCUACAAUAUCGAGCCCAAAAGUAGCCUAUUCUAAAAACUCUAGUGAAAACAAAUGAAUGAGCAGCGAAACGAAUGGAGUGGGAACUGUCCGAAUAAAUAUCUAAAUAUUUUGGUAAUUUUAAAAUACAGUAUCUUGGAUUGGCAAUGGCAAUGGCAGUUUCAAUCGCCCAAUUCCCACCCUUGGCCUCCACCACCAUCACCUUCCCCAAAUCCAGGCGUUCAAUCAGCACCCUAGCAGAACGCCGAGCAAUCUUGUCCAAAUUCCCACAGAUUGCGUCCAAGUUCACCAGCAUCCCAAAAGCCUCCGCCGAGGACGAAAACAGCGCCGGCGCGGAGGAAGAGAGCAAGGAAAUGAGGGAAUUGGGGAAGGAGAUAAAGCAGGCGAUGAAGGAGAGAGAGGAAAAGGAGACGGGAUUCGUGAGCGGAGUGGUUGAGGAAAUAAGGGAAAUCGAGUGGCCUGCUUUCAAUAAAGUUUUGGGGACGACGGGGGUGGUGCUCGGGGUCAUCGCUGGCUCCAGCGUCGUUUUGCUCACUGUCAAUGCCGUUUUGGCUGAGAUUUCCGAUACCAUUUUUGCCGGAAAAGGGGUGCAGGAUUUCUUUGGCUGAUGACAUAUUCUUUUUAGUUUUUAAUUUUUCGUUGCGGUUGGUAUUGUAGGUGUACGCACUUAUCGUUUCUUUGGCGCCGCUGCUUCACCAUUCAAUGUUAAUGCUCAUCGUUUACUUCA